AUGCCCUGGAAGUGGAAGUGGAAGCGGGAUGGGUGGCUCAUUCCAUCAAUCUACAUACAUCCUUCCAUUAAGAACUUGACAAAUCAGUCGUUGAUUCGCGGCAUCCAUAAACACACUGGGGAUGAAAACGUGGGUCCUAUCUUGGUUUGUUUGCCCCGACCGCAAUCACAUGCAUCCGACGCGAAUGUUGACGUCGAUUACUAUACGUGCACGUGCACAUACCAUAAGGCUUGCACGCUCUUCGCGGGUAGAAAUCAGGUUGCGGCUUGGAAACCUCACUCGCGUGCAUCCAGUGAUGCCACCCGGUUUACCGUAGAGUUUAAUAUUCAAGACAUAAAAGACUCGGUAUGUGCUUGUCAUUACGCGGAUGCGCCGCCUCAGCAACCAGUUCCAAAACAGGCGUCAAUCUUCCUGAUAGAUAAAAUUGUGGCCACUGCUUUGUCCAGAGACACACUCCACGACGGUGCCAUGAAUUUGCCCAGCCUUACAAGAUUGACCAACUUCGAUUUCAAUGUCCAGCAACUUCUAGAACCCGGUGAAGAAUAA